UGAUGUAUUUGCCUCUAAAAGAAAAUAUGAUUACGGCAAAUGUACAAAUUGUAAACGCUUUAACACAUCAAUAAGGUGGUGUCAGUCAUGUGAUCCAUAUAAAAUAACUCUGGGGUGGACAAGUGAUAAUAAAGAUAUUGAUUAUUGUAUUAAAGCAUUUCAACUUUGUGCUAUUAAUCGUGAGAAAGUUAUUGAAUGGAUUCCCUUUGAUAAAUUAAAUAUAAUAAAAGAGAUUGGUAAAGGAGGAUUUGGUACUGUAUUUUUAGCCGAUUGGCAUCAGGACGUUUCGAAUGAAUACGGUUAUCUACAUUCGCAAUCUGUUAAG